UCGUUAUGUUUAGUGAUAUAUUCUCUGAUGGUGUUCGAGCCUCGAGUUUUAUCUCGGUUCUCGAUAGUUGUUGAACUUAUGCUUGAACACAUCGAUUUUGUGUUUUGAAAUUCAAGAGUAUUGUAAACUUUUACAGCCUCGUCGCCCACAAAGUGCAAGAAAUGUGUGGCACACGGCACUUUUCUGACUUUUUAUCUGUGGUUUUCCAUCAGGAGCGGGUUUAAUAUCUGAAUACACAUCUUCCAGUCUGCUGUGAGAUUCACUUGGAGGUGAAGGUUGAUGGUGUGAAGUCAGUUUGUCAUCAUGGAGAACAGAGAGAGAUCUUCAUCUCCUGAUCACAGCUGUGUGUCUCUGAAGAGUGAUGAAUCCAUGGGUCUUCCUCUUAAUUUCAGUAAUGAUCCAGUGACCUCUGACCCCAGGAUCUUCAGGAGGAGGAAGAGAUCUUCAUCACCAGAUCACAGCUGUGUGUCUCUGAAGAGUGACGGAUCCAUCAAUCAUCGUCCUGACCUCAGUGAUGAAGCAGUGACCUCUGACCCCAGCAGAGCAGAUGGAGAGCGAAGCAUCUCUGGAGGAGCCUCUGUCUUCUGUCUGAACAACACGAGCGUUACAGCGUCUCUGAAUAAACAUGAUCAACCAGUGAAUGAUGAACUACAGAGAGUCAAAGACCAGCUCAAAAGCAGCAUGAAGAACAAGUAUGAGAGAUUAUUUGAGGGACUGAACCUCCAGGAGAAUGAAAGCCUCCUGAACAGGAUCUACACACAGCUCUACAUCAUAGAGGGAGAGAGUGAAGGAGUGAAUGAAGAACAUGAGGUUUUACAGAUGGAGAAAACAGCCAGAACACAACACUCACAAGACACUCCAAUCUACUGCAAUGACAUCUUUAAAGCCUCAGCUGAACCAGGAUGUGAGGAGAAAGACCAGAUCAAGACUGUUCUUACUAAAGGCAUCGCUGGAAUCGGAAAAACCGUCUCUGUGCAGAAGUUCAUUCUGGACUGGGCCGAGGGAAAAGCCCAUCAGGAUGUAGAUUUCAUGUUUGUGCUUCCAUUUCGAGAGCUGAACUUGAUCCGAGAUCAUCAGUACAGUCUUCACAGACUUCUGCUGGACUUUCAUCCUGAACUUCAAGAUCUGGACUCAAAGAUUUAUGAGGAGUGUAAAGUUGUGUUCAUCUUUGAUGGUCUGGAUGAAAGCAGAAUCACGCUGAUGUUUUCAGACGCUCAGAAAGUUUGUGAUGUGACUGAGACUUCAUCAGUGGGUGUGUUGAUGUCAAAGCUCAUGAAAGGAGAGCUGCUUCCCUCUGCUCUCAUCUGGAUCACCUCCAGACCAGCAGCAGCCAAUCAGAUCCCCUCCAAAUACAUCAACCGUCUGACAGAAAUUCAGGGAUUCAAUGAGCCUCAGAAGGAGGAAUAUUUCAGGAAGAGAAUCAGUGACCAGCAUCAAGCCAGCAGAAUCAUCUCACACAUCAGAAGAGCAAGAAGCCUCCACAUCAUGUGCCACAUCCCCGUCUUCUGCUGGAUCUCAUCCACUGUGCUUCAGAAGCUCCUGGAAGAAGAUCUGAGUGCAGAAAUCCCUCAAACUCUGACUGAAAUGUACAUCCACUUCCUGCUGAUUCAGAUCAACAGGAGGAACCAGAAGUAUGAAGACAGAGAUCCAGAGAAACUCCUGCAGUCCAACAGAGAAGUGAUUGUGAAACUUGCUGAAGUGGCUUUCAAACAGCUGAUGAAGGGCAAUGUGAUGUUCUAUGAGGAGGACCUGAUUGAGAGCAGCAUAGACGUCACUGAUGCCUCAGUGUAUUCUGGGAUUUGCACUGAGAUCUUUAAGCAGGAAUCUGUGAUUCAUCAGAGGAAAGUCUACAGCUUCAUUCAUCUGAGCAUUCAGGAGUUUCUCGCUGCUUUCUAUCUGUUUUACUGCUAUUUAAUGAAGAACAUGGAGCCACUGCAUGAAUUCAGAUCUAACAGAUUUGAUGAAGACUCUCUGUAUUAUCCACUAUCAUCAGCAGUAGAUAAAGCUCUUGAGAGUAAGAAUGGACGUCUGGAUCUGUUCCUGCGGUUCCUGAUGGGCGUCUCACUGGAGUCCAAUCAGAGACUCUUACAGGAUCUACUGACACACACAGAGAACAGCUCAGAGAACAUCAGAGAAACCACACAGCACAUUAAAGACAAUAUCAAAUAUGAUUAUGAUGGUAAUCUCACAGUUGGUCAAUCCAUCAAUCUGUUCCUCUGUCUGCUGGAAGUGAAAGAUCUGACUCUGUUCAGAGAGAUUCAGGAGUUUGUGAAAUCAGACAAACACUCAGAGGGGAAACUCUCUCUGUCUCACUGCUCAACAAUCUCCUACAUGCUUCAGAUGUCAGAGGAGCCGCUGGAUGAGCUGAACCCCAUGAAAUACAACACAUCAUAUGAGGGGAGAAGAAGACUGAUACCAGCUGUGAUCAACUGCAGAAAAGCUCUACUUUCUAGCCUUUCUAGACUUUCUGGCGGUGAUCUCUCAGAUCAGCAUUGUGAAAUUGUGUCUUCAGCUCUUCAAUCCUCAAACUCUGUCCUGAGAGAGCUGGAUCUGAGUAACAAUCACCUGCAGGACUCUGGUGUAAAGAUUAUUUCUGAUGGACUGAAGAAUCCAAACUGUCAGCUGCAGAUACUGAGGCUUGCUGGCUGUAAUCUCUCUGCUCAGUGUUGUGAGAGUUUGUUAUCAGCUCUUCAAUCCUCAAACACUGUCCUGAGAGAGCUGGAUCUGAGUAACAAUGACCUGCAGGACUCUGGUGUAAAGUUUAUUUCUGAUGGACUGAAGAAUCCAAACUGUCAGCUGCAGAUAUUGAGACUUGCUGGCUGUAAUCUCAUCGCUCAGUGUUGUGAGAGUUUGUCUUCAGCUCUACAAUCCUCAAAUUCUGUCCUGAGAGAGCUGGAUCUGAGUAGCAAUGACCUGCAGGACUCUGGUGUAAAGUUUAUUUCUGAUGGACUGAAGAAUCCAAACUGUCCGCUGCAGAUACUGAUGUUGUCUGGCUGUAUGGUGACAGAGGAAGGCUGUGGUUAUUUGUCUUCAGCUCUGAGUUCAAACCCCUCACACCUGAGAGAGCUGGAUCUGAGCUACAAUCACCCAGGAGAUUCAGGAGUCCAGCUGCUCAAACACAAACUGGAGGAUCCCAACUAUAAACUGCAGAUACUCAAUGUGAAUCAUGGAGGAGAGAACAGGAUGACAGCGGGACCACGAAAGUAUGCCUGUGAUCUCACACUGGAUCCAAACACAGCAAACACUGAACUCAUUCUGUCUGAUGAGAACAAGAGGAUCACACGAGUGAAAGAUCCUCAGCCGUAUCCUGAUCAUCCAGAGAGAUUUGAUGAUGUUCCUCAGGUUCUGUGUGUUGAGAGUCUGACUGGACGCUGUUACUGGGAGACUGAACGGAGCGGAGCUGCUGAUAUAUCAGUGUCAUAUAAAGGAAUCAACAGGAAAGGAGGGAGUUGGUUUGGAUUCACUGACAAAUCCUGGAGUCUGGACUGCUCUGAUAACAGAUUCACUGUCCAUCACAAUAAUAACAGCACUGAUAUACCUGUUGACCGUUUAUCUUCUAAUAGAGUAGGAGUGUAUGUGGAUGUGUCGACUGGCUCUCUGUCCUUCUACAGCGUCUCUGACACACACACACUCACACACUCACACACACUCAACACCACAUUCACUGAACCCCUCUACGCUGGAUUUGGGGUUUUUCCUGGUUGCUCAGUGUCUCUGUGUGAUAUUAAACGAUGGAGAGACUCUCUGUAAAUCUUUCUGAUGUUCACAUGCACACAAACUCAUCAAAUCUCACAUCAUUAUAUUUAUAUUCAUUCAUAAUUAAAUAGUUUUUCAUUCUUCAUCUAGAAGUUAUAAAUCUAGAUCAGACUCAUACUGUUCUGAAUCUGUAAUAAAGAGAUUAAUAAGUUUGCUUUAAUAUUUAUAUAGUAAACUGAUUAUCAAAUGUAAUAAAAGUGUAUUAGUGACUGAUUUAAUGAUGAAGUGGUUUCUGAAUCUGAUGUGAACUGAUGACAGUAUGAAUAAUGAUGAAUGUGAUUGAGAUCAGCAGAAUGAAACUCAGAAUUAAUCCGUCUCCUGAUCGUCUGCUUUAUUUUUCUGUCUGCGCUGAUUUAAUCAUAUUCAUUACUUACUACAAAACAGAAGUCAGAAGAACACAGACUGCAGGAAAGCAGGUUGAUGAAUGAUGGUUUGCAUCAGUCACUGAACCACUGAGGAGACUGAAGGGCUGGCUUUAGUUCACCACUGACUAUAUUAAAAUAAUGUCAUUAAAACCUCAGUAUAUAAGUCUGCAGUAGUGCACUGUUCUCUACAGCCUUGUAAUGCAUUGAAUUUUUCAAAAAUAUCAUAAUUUCCAGUUCAGUGCUGAUACAGGAGAAGUGUUGCUUCACAGUGAAGAUUAUUACAACAGUUAAUAACAGUAUUCUCUACAAUAACACAAUGUAAUGUUUAACAGAAUCAGAAUCUAUUUUCUGUAAGAAUUAGUGUUCAUAAAUAUACAAACCUUGAAAUAUCAAAUAAACCCAAAUUUAAAAAAUAAAAAUGUAAAAAUAAAAUGUAUAUCACUUUCUAAUGACACUAUCAUAUCAUCUUCCU